GAAUAGCCUUUUUCGAAUCCGCUGAUGGUUUUGACAGGUUUACCCUAUAACCACAUUCCAUACGUGCAGAAGAUUGAUACUGGUUUGCCAUUGUUUCUUUUCAACUAUUCUGAUCGUACUCUUCAUGGCAUUUUUGAGGCUGCUGGUCCUGGUCAGCUGAAUAUUGACCCUUAUGGCUGGACCUCUGAUGGUUCUGAUAGAACCUCAUAUCCUGCACAGGUUCAAAUCAGUGUGAGGUUACAGUGUGAACCACUUUCCGAGGAAAAAUUCAAACCUGCAAUUGCAGAUAAUUACUACAGUUCUCACCAUUUUUGGUUCGAGCUUGAUCAUUUCCAAACAAGUAAGUUGACAUGUCUGCUAACAUCUUUUGCUGUGAAACCUAAACCACCCAUGAAUACACCAAACACAAGACAGAUCUUUCACUUGAUUUCAUCAAAUGAAAAGAAAGAGAACAGUGAUGAGGUUAAGCCUUCUGAGAAUGAACCAGUGGGUAGCUGGGAAGUGGCACUCAGUUCUGGCAAAGAAUCUGAAUCCUCUGCUGCGGCUUCUCAUCCUGGUUUCUCUGAGAACCAUCCAGACGUACAGAACCCCAAACAAAUUGAGAAGGAUUAUGUUCUUGAGAAACUGAAGGAUCUCUCCUUUGGUCAUGAUGAGCAUGGAGACAAUAGUCUAACUGAAACUGUUGAACAAGCCAACAUUCCCACCUGCAAGAACUUGGAAGACAGAGAUACACUUGAAGAGGAAACAUGUUCAGAGGGGAAAAAAGAUGGCAGUUCUCUUGUAUCCUCUCCUCUUCCACAUACAAUAAGCCAGUUGAUGCACGAGGUGAAGGAACUCAGGGCAUACGGGCUGGAAAAUUCAACCAAGAUAUGUUACUUGGAGGAGAAGCUGGACGAAGCACACAAGGAAAUUUAUAGAUUGAGAGAGCGUUGCAACAUGCUGGAGUCCAUAUCAGGUCCUUUAAUCACAAAAGCUGGUGGUAGUGAUAUGGAGAUCCAUUCACCAGAUGAUUCCAGCUUAGAUCCAACUGAGGCAAUUCUUCUUUUAGGGGGAUUUGAGAAAGACUCUGAAACAUGGUUGUCAUCAGUGCAGUCAUAUUUUCCAUCCAGGAAUGUUGUAAAGGCUCAUAGUUCAAUGAGCUGUAUCCGUUCAAAUGCAUCAGUGGCAAAAUUGGAUGGUAAAAUUUACGUCUUUGGAGGUGAUGACGGUGGCCGUGGCUGGACCAACACAGCUGAAUCAUAUAACGAGACUGAUGGCCAGUGGAGCUGGUGCCCCCCCUUAAACGAGCGUAAAGGAAGUUUAGGUGGAGCCACUUUGGAUGGAAAAAUAUUUGCAAUCGGAGGUGGGAAUGGGAUGGUAUCUUUUUCAGAUGUUGAGAUGCUUGAUCCAGAUAUAGGUAGAUGGAUCAGAACAAGGUCAAUGGGGCAGGAGAGAUUUGCAGUUGCGUCCGUGGAGCAUAAAGGUUCGAUUUAUGCUGUCGGUGGUUUUGAUGGUAAAGCGUACCUGAACACAGCUGAAAGGUUUGAUCCUAGAGAGCACUCCUGGAUGAAUAUUACAUCGAUGAAGUCAAGAAGAGGCUGCCAUUCUCUUGUUGUUCUGAACGAAAAACUAUAUGCGAUUGGUGGGUUUGAUGGUGAGACAAUGGUCUCGAGUGUUGAGAUAUAUGAGCCAAGAACAGGGACAUGGAUGACAGGAGAACCAAUGAAGGAUUUAAGAGGAUAUUCAGCAGUGGCAGUGGUUAAAGACACGAUAUAUGUCAUCGGAGGAUACAAAGGGGAAGAGGAUGACAUAUUAGACACUGUAGAGUGUUUCAAGGAAGGUGAAGGAUGGAAAAAUGUGCCUUGUUCCUCGAUCGGUAGGCGUUGCUUUCUAUCUGCAGUGGCUUUGUAAAUGGAGAAACUUUGAAGCUAUUGUUUUUUGGUGGCCAAGUCAUGAGAGACAGAGAGCUCAUUCAUAUGCCUUAAGGAACUAGGAGGCAUUAAUUUUGGGGAAAGAGUUUCCCUUUAUGAAGUAGAACCAAAAUGGAAAUAUCGAUUUACUAUUAAAAAAACCUUGGUAAC